UUGCUUAAGUGCGGAAUACUCCAACGUCGGCAAGUUGCACGACCAAUCGCGCACCUGGGCAGCCACCUGAUCGGCCAACUCCUUCUUUUUGAUCGGCCAACUGUUCUCAUUUUAUCGUUCAUGAUGAUCGGCGAACAUCAGGCCCCGCAUGGACGGACAGCACGACCGGGGUAUCGCUGAACAGCCAAUAUGUAUAAGCAUCCUCCCUGAGGAUUUUGCCCCAUUCAAAAUCAGCUUCGACACUCAUUGUGUAACAUCUUUCACUCCUGGAGCAAAGUCCACUCCAACCACGAACAAGCGCGAGCACAAGCGAUUAUGGGGCCCAAGUGGGAACAGCUCAAGGAGCGCCUACAAGUGCCCAAGGACGAGAACUCAUACUAUGAAAACACGAGAUGGUGCAACAGGGACUUGAUACCAAUGCCAGCAGAGAGGCGGACUUGGGGCAUUUGGGGAUACUUCGGAUACUGGACGGUCUCAGGAUCAUGCAUUUCGGCAUGGUCAACCGGCAGCACUCUCCUCGCAUUCGGGCUCAGCCCGCAGCAAGCCAUCGGCGUCGUGAUUGUUGGAGGCGUGCUCACUGGUCUCCUGGCCGUCGGUUGUGGCUGGAUGGGUGAAAAUCAUCACAUUGGCUUCACAGUGUCUUCGCGGUUUUCCUGGGGCAUGCAAGGCUCUUAUUUCCCCGUCGUGCUUCGCGUCUUUGUUGCGUGCAUGUGGUUCGGUAUGCAAGCUUACUGGGGAGGACAAGCCACCAGAGUCUUAUGGGGUGCAAUCAUACCAGGCUUCGCCGACAUGAAGAACUACUUCAGUGAAGGCUCCCAUCUCCUCACCAAGGAUUUCAUCGGACUGGUCAUCUGGAUGGUCGCGUUCAUCCCUCUUGUCCUUGUACCUCCUGAGCGACUCCAGAUUCCUUUCGCCAUCUCUUUCGUCUUGUUCGCAGGAUCUUGUAUUGGGCUCUUGGUUUGGGCUGUCCACAACGCUGGAGGAGCGGGCAGCAUGUUCCAACAGCCCGGUAGUGCCGACAACAUCGGAUGGGCGUUCAUGUUUGGUAUUACUGCCAUUCUCGGUGCCUGGGGUGCUGGAACCUUGGGUCAGUCCGACUGGACUCGUUAUGCCAACCGCAAAUUUGCACCAACUCUAUCCCAAAUGGUUGCCGCACCGAUUACCAUUGCCGUCACUGCCACAAUCGGAAUCAUCGUCACCAGCGCGGCAAGGGAUGUCUUAGGAGGAGACAUCAUCUGGAAUCCAAUCUAUCUUCUCGCAGACAUUCAGGACGCUUACGGCUCCAGCCCAAGAUCAAGAGCAGGAGUUUUCUUUGCGAGCAUAGGGCUUGUCAGUUCUCAACUCGCGAUCUCCGUUGUCCUCAACUCUGUGUCUACUGGCAUGGACAUGGCCGGGCUUUGGCCCAAGUAUAUCAACAUCCGACGAGGCAGCUAUAUCAUGGCAUGCAUCGGCAUCGCUGUCCAACCGUGGCAGCUUUUGAGCACAGCAGACAAAUUCCUCAAGGUGCUCAGUGGGUUUGGAGUGUUCAUGGCACCUGCUACCGGCGUCAUGCUGGCUGAUUAUCACGUCGUCCGUCGCCACAAGUUGAAACUCAACGACCUGUACACUGGAAACAAAUCUUCCAUCUACUGGUAUAACAAAGGCGUCAACUGGCGUGCCCCCGUCGCCUUCCUCUGCGGAGUCUGGCCACUGCUACGUGAGUGACCUGUCCCUGCUGUAGGUAUUCUGCGCCAAUACUGACGUCUUACUAGCCGGUCUCGUCGGAACAGUCAACAGCAGCACCGACCCAUCUUUCACUGGUUGGAUUCGUUUGUACAAUCUCACAUUCAUCGUCGGACUCGCCAUGAGUUUCGCCGUCUUUUGGGUCUUGAAUUACUUCUUCCCUCCUCCCGGUCUCGGAGAGGAGGCGCCCUUCGUCGACGAAGUUCUGUCCGGAAUGGAGGAACCAGGCUCGGAGACUGGCAAGGAAGAGCUCGGCAUGGCGAAUGAGAAGCACGGAGCUGCGGCGACAGUGUCCACCUAGAAUACAGGGGCUGAUCCGGAGUGACGAUUCAUCGACUGAAACUCAUGCAUGUCAGCUCAAGGCUCCUUUCACACGGCACACAUGGUCAAGCGUUGACUUGAGCUACCAUUGUUGCUAGGCAAGCCGUAGCAACAAUAUCAUUCAUUUCACACUUUGCAAA